AUGUUCUUUGUAGCAUCUCUUCUUUCUCUCCAAAUUGUUUUUGCUGCAAAACAAGGAAAUUUUGGGCUCAUUAAAGCUUGCACCAGUAACAACACUCUAAGGCUGAAGUGCUCGUAUCCCGACUGUGAGGGGUCUCCGUCUUUCUCCUGCCAAAUUAACAGUUCAGACAUGGAUCCACCUCUGGUUUCAAGCAUGUGCCAGCUGAAUAUCACCAACCACAAGUUAAACUAUGCCAAUAAAACCAUUCUAUUCAACUGCACACUAACACGAAAAGUCAGAUUAGAGAUCCGGAAUAUUACCAUCAACUACAGCAUCAAAAAAGGAAAAGGCAGUAUCAAACCUUGCCGGGCAAGAGCAUGUUCGAUUGUGCAGCCGAGCGAUGACAAGGUCAUAACUCUGCCUCUGAAGUAUGGGUCAUCCAGCGAGUUCGACGGUGGCGUCCUUGUGCUACAUGUUUCAUGUUACCCUUGA